CCAGCAGAGUGCAGCACCGUUAUUUUAUCGUUUAAUAAAUAAAUUACAAAUCGGAUGAACCGGAAAGUAAACAGACCGUGAAUCUGUUCCUGUGCCGGCUGGAGAGAGAAACAUGGCGGCUACAGGAGCCGCUUCUCCCAGCCGGCUGGUCCAGUACGUGGUGGUCCGGUCGGACCUGGUCCACCAGCUGUCGUGGCCCCUCGGGGCCGUGAUCACGCAGGCCUGCCACGCCGCUACCGCCGCCGUCCACCUGCACUACGGGGACCCGGACACGCAGCGGUACCUGGCGGAGCUGGACUCCAUGCACAAGGUGGUGCUGGGGGCUCCAGACGAGGCGUCCCUCUCGGCUCUAUCAGAGACUCUAACACAGGCCAACGUGGCCCACAAGCUCUGGAUCGAGCAGCCGGAGAACAUCCCCACCUGCCUGGCUCUGAAGCCGUGUCCUAAAGAGGCCGUGCAGCCGCUGCUGCGCAAGUUUAAACUCUUCAAAUGACGGCACCAAAAGACACUGUCCAGCUGUGCACCGCAAUGCAUGUCAAUAUUUCAUUUUAUCCAUAAAAGGAGAACGUCUAAAAGUUGUGGACUUCUUCUCAGUGCAUCUAAACAACUGUAAUGUCCAGGAUUAAAGUCUGAAUAUAUGA